AUGGUUCACUCAACGAGCGAAGAACGUGCCGUACAUUUGACUCGAGAGGCUGUUGAAUUGAUAGAUGCUGGUCACCGUGAGGCCGCUUCGCGGAACCUUCGAGAAGCCCUCAUCUUAGCGCCCGAACAUCCAGCUGUCAAGGAAGCUUUCCUGAAGAUCCAAGAGGAGGAGGAAAAUGGUCAUCACCUCCUAGAUCUCUGUCGCCGGUAUACUUCAGGGAAGGACGAACCCGCGGGUAAAGAUGCCGCCCUCUACUUGCGCACCGACGGCCUCAAACCGCCCGAGGAGGUCGCACUGGAAUGUGCCAAAUUUAUCUUGGCGCAACGCCCACAUGCCUUGUCCUCGCUGCAGGACGACAUUAUCUCCGGUUUGGUUCGCCAGAGCGCAAGCGUGCGCCAGCACUUCUCCAACCAACUUCAGAUCUCGGUCACCACCUUCUUCGACGAGAUUUACGAAAGGGGCGACGCAGCUGCUGUUUGCCUCGAUACCGUUGUCCUAGAUCCCUCCGUUUGGCCGUCGCAGGAUGCUCGUCUGCAUUGUGAGCGUGAGCUCUUUCAGCUAUUCAUCGCCAAGCUGAUGGAGUCUGGUCACGAUGAGGACGGUCGCUCGCUCAAAGGCAUUGCGCGGCUGCUGGCCGUUGAUGCGGCUCGGUUGCAGGAUUUGGUGGAUGAUGAGAGUCUGGAUGUGAUUUUGUCGUCCCUAGAUCUUCGCCUACCUCUUGAAUGGAGAAGCCAGGCUACUUUGGCAACAGUUAAGUACCUCGAGGUCUCGAAAGAAGUUGGCCAAAAUCGAUUCUCCAACCUGGUCUCUUCCAAGGUGAUCAAGGGCCGCAGUGAUGGGCUGAUUGAGGCCUUCUCUGCAACUGCUGCCGUCUUCCCUGUGAUUCCGGAGGCUGCCGCAGCUCUUUUUCUCUCGGAGAAUUUUCUGGCUGCAUUGGCUCCUCUAACCUCCAGAGAUGCGAAGAGCCGCAAGGUUGAAACAUCGUUCUUGGAACUUCUCAAUGCAGCCUGCGUCAACAAAGAUUGCCGUGAGGCGAUCUUCAAACAUCUGUCUACCUGGCUCUCUCAUCUCCUUACCAAUGGAAGUGACCAAAGCUCCGAGUUGGCAGCGGUUAUCCUGGCCAAGGUUCGGACUGCCGCGCAGGUCGCGCCCUCCGAAACCACUGGUAAACUCCAGGACGACGACACCCGGGUUAUCGAGCUGGUUGACCGGUUCAAAGACUCGAUGUCGAAGCGUAAGGGUGAGAGCAUGGCUAAUGUAAUUGAGGGUCUGGCCUAUGCCUCUGUCAAGCCCGCCGUGAAGGAGCAGCUUGCCAAGGAUCCAGUCUUUGUGCAGAACCUCCUUAGAGUGUUACACGAAAACUCUACUGUUCCGUCAGUCCUCUAUGGUGGCUUCAUGAUCAUCAUGAACCUCACCCAGUUUCUCCCCAACCUGACGGAGGAGCAAAAGAAAGUCUCACAGCUCAAGUCAUACGCUGAAGCAUCGCCCAAGGCCCGAAACGGCCCCGACCCCUUAGACGAAGAGCAACACGUCAUUGCUCGUUGCACCGCACUCGUCGAAGCAGGAAUUGUCCCCCUUCUGGUCGACUGUGUCAAGACCAGCCUGCCUUCUGUACAAAUCCUAAUGAGCAAGAUUCUCCUUUCUCUCUCGCGUGACCGCAAGUCUCGCGGUACUCUAGCACAACAGGGAGCUGUCAAGCUAUUGAUUGUCAGCAAUGCUUCGCAUGCGCUGGCGCGAAUCUUGAUCUCCGUCAACCCUGCGCUUGUUUUCCCAAGCUCUGGUUUCCCUCAGAUCACGUCUGCCAUUCGGCCUUUGACUGCACUGCUUUCCGUUCCGGAGACAACGAGUCUUUCCACCGAGCAACCACGGGACUUGCUCCCUGUCUUUGAGAGCUUGUUGGCUCUGACGAAUUUGGCCUCGCACCCUGAUGAGUCCGCUCCUGAAGCCAUUGUUCGCCAAGCCUGGCCUGUUAUCGAGGAACUCCUUCUUGCCAAUAGUCCCCUGGUACAGCGCGCUGCUUGUGUAGUGAAGUUUGCCGAUGGCUCGAAACGUGCUGCCCAGCGUCUGCACAUCCUAUUGGCCCUGACCGACACUGAUGACCUCGCCACUCAAAGUGCUGCGGGCGGAGCUCUCGCCAUGCUGACUGAGUUUGAUGCAGCGAUCGCAGGAGUUCUAGAACGGCCUCGUGGUGUUCAGUUGCUGCUUGGUCUUUGCCAGGAAGAAGACGACGGGCUUGUACAUCGCGGUGUUGCCUGUGUCAGGAAUAUGACCUGUCUUGCCACCGGUGAUGUUGCUCGUCGGGCCAAAGAUGCCAUCAAGCAGAACGGGGGCAUCGACAUCUUGACAAAUUUGCUAAAGAAGACCAAAAACCCCGCUGUCCUCCAAGUUGGUGUCGAAGCCCUCAAGCCUCUGGUGUCGUAG